AUGCAGAGGCACUCGUUCCAGGCGCUGAACUCUACGUUCGUCGUCGAUUCUGAGUAUCAGUUCGUAAAGGAACUCGGGCAGGGUGCGUACGGAUGCGUCGUUUCGGCCAAGCACCGCAGAUCGGGAGAGGGAUGCGCAAUCAAGAAAAUCACGAAUAUCAACACCAAGAGGAUCCUUACAAAGAGAUGCCUUCGUGAAAUCAAACUCCUCCACCACUUCCGUGGACACAAAAAUAUUACCUGCCUGUAUGAUAUGGACAUCGUCUUCCGCCCAGACGGCAACUUUGAUGAAGUCUACCUCUAUGAAGAGCUCAUGGAAGCCGACCUUCACGCCAUCAUCCGCUCACAACAACCCCUCUCAGACGCCCACUUCCAGUCUUUCAUCUACCAGACGCUCUGCGGUCUCAAAUACAUCCACUCUGCGAACGUCCUCCACCGUGACCUCAAGCCGGGCAACCUCCUGGUCAACGCCGACUGCGAACUCAAGAUUUGCGACUUUGGCCUUGCACGAGGAUACAGCCCCGCGGGCAAUGGACAAGGCACGGCGAAGAAUGCAGCGAACCAGGGCUUCAUGACCGAAUACGUCGCCACGCGGUGGUACCGUGCGCCCGAGAUCAUGCUGAGCUUCGCGAACUACGGCCCGGCGAUCGAUGUCUGGAGCGUUGGCUGCAUUCUCGCUGAGCUACUCGCUGGCAAGCCGAUCUUCAAGGGCAGAGACUACGUCGAUCAGCUGAACCAGAUCCUGCACUACCUCGGCACACCCUCAGAAGACACCCUCCGCCGCGUCGGCUCCCCAAGAGCCCAAGAUUACAUCCGGUCGCUCCCCAUCAAGCCGCGCGUGCCGUUCCAGACGCUCUUCCCCCGCGCGAACCCCCUCGCGAUCGACCUCCUCAGCCAGCUCCUCCACUUCGACCCCGCGAAGCGCAUCACGUGUGACCAGGCGCUCAACCACCCCUACCUCGCCGUCUGGCACGACCCCGCGGACGAGCCCGUCUGCCCCACCCCGUUCGACUUUAUCUUUGAGGAGGAGGACUCGAUCGAGGGCAUGAAGCGCCUGAUCGUCGACGAGGUGCAGACGUUCCGCGCGGAGGUGCGCGCGCAGGCGCGCGCGUCGGGCCAGAUCCGUCGGCAGGAGAGCCUGCCGAUCCCGACGCGCGAGGAGAUCCUGUCGUCGCCCGUGCGCGAGAACGCGCCGGCGAACGGGGCGACGUCGGGCUUCACGGACGGGCAGUCGCGCGCGGAGAGCCCGGUGAUGGAUGACCCGAGCGCGGAGCUGGAGCGCGAGCUCGCGGGGACGCACCUCGGGCAGCGCACUUGA